UCUAUGCAAUUGAACUGUGUCGGUAUGACUCCAUAGUCAUUAAUUCAUCAUUCAUGUCCUCCUACGAGGCCACGACCACUUUUUAACUGUUCAAUCAUUGGCUUCGUAAAAACUCUCAAUUUUCUACUAUUACUUCAUCAAAUUCCAUAUUUGUUCAUACUUGAUACCAGUAAGGUUUCGGAAAUUCAGAAAAGAUGCUGUACCUAAUAGUCUUCGCUCCUUGAAUUCAUUUUUGACCAACUAGUCAAGUUUCUUGCUCUUUUUUCGUUUAAUUUCUGUAACGUUCUGAAAACCCACCUCAUUUUCGUACUCUUUUGGGGAACUAUGUGUCUACCUUCCUUCGUUUGAAUUGGGUGCAAUUGGGUUGAAUUCAUCAUUUUUUUGAUGUAUAUAGUUGGGUUUUUCUGAUUUGUUUACACAAUUCUGGGGUGAUUUAGUAUUAGUGGAAUUCAUCUGUUGCAAUAACUUUGUUGGGUUUCAUCAUAUAAAUUGGUUAAAACUUAAAGUGUUGUAAUAUGUCAAGUAGUUUAGAAGAAAGAUAUAGUUAUGGAGAAGGAGCAAGUAAUCAGGAAUACAUUAAUGCUGCUGCUGCUGCUGUGAAUGCGGAUGGAGAUUCUUCGGAUAGCGAAGUUGGACGUAUGCAAUUCUUGAGGCAGUCUUCUUCUCCUGAGAUUGAUUCCAAUCUUUUCAGAAGAGGGUCUGAUCCUUGUUGUACAGAACCUGUUGGUAGUAUUAAUAUUCAGAGCAAUUUCUUGGUUGGUAAUCUUGAAAAUGUUAUGAGUAGGUCUAAGAGUGAGAGGGACAGUAGACGAUAUGAUCUGCAAUUUAAUAGUCUGUCACGGCGUGACAAGGAGAAGCUUAUUGUGAACAUGGUCAAAAUUCAAAAUGAUGGGACAGUAGAGGUGGAUUUAGCAAAAAACAAUCCUGUAGCUUCUGAGCUUUUAGAGCUUCAUUCGGCCGAAAGUGCUUCUCUUCAGAUUGAUGACAUUGUUCCUAAUCACAAUAAAACUGUUCCAAGAUUGAAUAUUGUUCUGCUUGUAGUUGGGACCAGAGGAGAUGUGCAACCUCUCCUAGCUAUUGCUAAGAGACUUCAGGAAUUUGGGCAUCAUGUUCGGUUGGCUACUCACAGUAACUUUAGUGGGUUCGUCAAAUCUGCUGGUGUUGAAUUCUAUCCUUUGGGCGGUGACCCUCGAGUUCUGGCAGGAUAUAUGGCGCGAAAUAAAGGGCUUAUUCCUUCGUCCCCAGGAGAAAUAUCAAUCCAACGGAAGCAAUUGAACGCUAUUAUCGAAUCACUUCUUCCUGCAUGUACAAAACCAGAUAUAGAAACCGGUGUGUCUUUCAGGGCUCAAGCAAUUAUUGCUAAUCCUCCUGCGUACGGACAUGUGCAUGUUGCAGAAGCACUUGGUGUACCUCUGCACAUAUUCUUCACAAUGCCAUGGACGCCAACAUAUGAGUUCCCUCAUCCGCUAGCUCGUGUACCACAAAGUUAUGGUAACUGGCUAUCAUAUAUAAUAGUUGACUUGCUUAUUUGGUGGAGCAUAAGGAGUUACAUCAAUGAUUUCAGGAAAAGGAAGCUGAAUCUUCCUCCUAUUGCAUACUUUAGCAUGUACCAUGGAUCUCUUUCUCAUUUACCAACGGGAUACAUGUGGAGUCCUAAUGUUGUUCCAAAACCAAAAGAUUGGGGUCCCUUAGUAGAUGUUGUUGGCUAUUGUUUCUUAAAUCUUGGCUCAAAUUAUUGUCCAAAGGGAGAAUUCGCUGAAUGGAUAAAGAAUGGAGAUAAGCCCAUAUAUAUUGGAUUUGGGAGCAUGCCUCUUGAAGAUCCCUGCAAAACUACCAAAAUCAUAAUGGAAGCAUUAAAAGAUACUGGACAACGUGGAAUACUCGAUCGUGGCUGGGGAGACCUGGGUGUUUUAUCUGAAGUCCCAGAUCAUAUUUUCCUUCUUGAGAACUGCCCCCAUGAUUGGCUUUUCCCUCAAUGUUCUGCCGUGGUUCAUCACGGUGGUGCAGGAACUACGGCUACUGGACUAAGAGCUGGAUGUCCAACAACAAUAGUGCCAUUUUUUGGUGACCAGUUCUUCUGGGGUGACAGAAUUCACCAAAAAGGGUUGGGACCUGAACCCAUUCCAAUUGCUCAGCUCAGUGUUGACGCUCUUUCGAGUGCUAUAAGAUUUAUGCUCCAACCAGAGGUAAAAUCUCGGGUGAUGGAACUUGCUAAGUUGAUAGAGAACGAAGACGGUGUUGCCUCUGCCGUUGAUGCAUUCCAUAGACAUUUACCUCAUGAAAGGCCAAUACCUCCCGCAUCACCGGAACAGAAAGAAUCGGAGAACGAUGAAUAUUCAAACCCUAUACAAUGGUUUUUUUCACUGAUCGGGAAGUUUUGUUGCCGUGUUUGUUCAUAGACUUUUGUCUUUUUGGUGAUUGAGUUUCUGUACAGUUAAAAAUUUCUAAAGAUUAUUUUUUUCACAAUUCUUUAGCUAAGUAGACUCCUCACUCACAGGUUUGGAGAGAGAUAAAAGAUGGAAAAUUAUACCUUAUUGUGAGAAUAAGAUGGGAACAAUUAUAUUGAAAAUAUGCUUGUCAUUCAUUAACUCAUGCCCUUGUACACAUGAAAAUGUUUGCAAGUUUUCAUUUUUUUGGGCCAAAUAUUUCAUGCUUUUGUUAGAAAAAGAUGAAAAAUUAUAGUACAAAUUAUUUUUAUAUUCUUCCUACGUUCUUUGACCUUUUUGCAUCAAUAACUAAAAUUUCUUAUAUAAAAAAAAUUUAAUUUUUUUUAAGAAAAAAGAUAAUACACCAAGAUACUUCACAGCAUUUUUUCCCUUGAUACUUCCUAGCACUUUUGCCAUCAAGAAAGCUAUAUGUAGAUAGAAAUAU